AAACAGCAAUAAAAUAAGGCAAAGUAAACUACAAUGAGUCAUUCAGCAUUGGCCAGUUUGACUGCACAAUACACGGACUCUGAAAACGAAGGCGAUGCCAGUCCAGACUCUGAAAAUUCAACAGCUUCACAGGUUAUAAUACCAAAACAGGCGACACCAACGCCUGCAACACCAGUUAAACAGGAGUCGGAACCAGAGAAGAAACACAAGAAAAAGAAACGCGCUAAGAAAGUGCGUCGCUUGGUCAGCUACCAGGACGACACGUUGAUCUCUGACGAGGAAGAAGAUCGUGCGCAGGAAUCCUCCAGUGAGGAAGAGUCUUCCAGUGACAGUGCCAGCUCGCAGCCGGAGACCGAACAGCAUGAAAAUGGCAAGGAUAAAAGCACUGUCAAGGUAGAAGGCGCAACGGAGACACCCAUGCAGCUGGAUGACGAUGAUGAUUCCAACACUUACAACGCUGACGAUCGCACGGCAGAGAGCUAUGAGAAGGAUCCGAAAUAUGCCAAAUAUAAAUUUCAGUUACCGCCGGAGCCAAAGGGGCAGCCGCCAGCCGAUCUGGUGGCAAAGAUCACGAAAAUGUAUACGAAAAUGAGGCAAACGAAUAUGGAUAUGAAUCGUGUUAUACAGGAUCGCAAGGAGUUUCGUAAUCCCAGCAUUUAUGAGAAGUUAAUCAGUUUUUGUGACAUCAAUGAAUUCGGCACCAAUUAUCCGCCUGAAAUCUACGAUCCGCUGCAGUGGGGCGAGGAGAGCUACUACGAAGCGUUGUCGGCGGUGCAAAAAACUGAAAUGCUCAAGCGGCAAAAGGAUCGCAAGGACAUGGACAAAGUGGAGCAAGCGACGGCGCUGGCUCGCAAAGUAGAGGAGGAGGCCAAAAAGCGCAAAUCGAAGUGGGACCAGCCGGCCGCAAAGGCGACGUUACCUGCCUUAACUACGACCGUGACUGGCACGAAGGGCACCGUUAUUUCAGCAUUCGGCUCGUUGCCCAAGAAGCCAGCAGUUUAAGCAAAAAAUUAAAUAAAUAACCUU